AGGAACUCUGACCAUCUCCUUUUCCAAUAUGGAUCACUUUUCUCCUCUUUAAUCAACUCGGUGCCCACCCCUCCAGGGGAUCAUUCUAUUGAAGCCCAGGUGCCCUAAGCCACUCCAACUCAGACUUCCUGAAGCUCAAGUGACCCAGUAACUUCAGCCUCUCCAGGAGCUAGAAUUAUAGACAUGUGCUAUCAAACUGAGCCUGUAUUUAUUUUCAAGCAACAGUGAAACUGCUGGAGAUAGCAAAUGUUUAAAUGGCCCUGUUUACUUAAAACAAACAAACAAACAAAAAUACAAGCCACAACGGCUUCUUGCUGCUGUACAUAGCUUCUCUGCUGUCCUUUGUGAAGUUCAUCAUGGUGAAUAUACAAUGACUUGUUUGGAUUUGGGGACCACACAUGUGAUUUUUAAAAAAUAAACUGAAGCACAUUUGCUUUAUAUCUUGAGUCUUGGAGUGGGGGUGGGUAUGGAGGGGGGGGGGUUGGUAAAGUGGAUGGAGAGCCUUGAUUUCUGUGAGAGCUUUUGUGUACCAAAGUACAAGUGAGAAAAGUCCCUCUAUCAAUGCCGCUGGGUAACCGACUGCUCUGCAAUUUCUGAUCUAGAGAGUUGCCUGGAGACGUUGUGAAGUUUAUAGGACUUUCUCAGGAUGAGAGUCAGCGUGUGCCAGACAGGGAGAGGAGCCUAGGCAGCCUUUCUCACGUUGAGGCUGCCCGCUAUCCACCAGGGCACACUACCUCUUUACUUCUAGGAUUUUUUUAAACUUGUGACACAAAUGAAAAUAGCCGGGUUUUUUUUUAUCCUAACAAGACUGAAUUCUCUUUUCAUCUCCCUCCCCCCAAGAGGAAUCUGUAGGUUUUGUGUUCCUCUCCAUCCUGAAACAGAAACGGCGAUCCUAGGGAAAGCAGCAUCCAAGCUGUUGGAGCAGUUCCGAGCUCGGAAGGAUGAUAUCUGGCUUAAGACAGGAUUUCCCAGGAGUCCUGAGGGUGUGGUUGAGCCACAACCGUGUCUUGCUUGAGAUCCGGCGGAGAACCAGGUCUCUCUCUGUGAGCGCACACGUCCCUUCCCUCCUCCUCCCCCUCUUUUGUGUCCCUGCCUCUACCCUGCUCGGAGCAGACUCCUCCCUCCUGCAGCAGCAGCAGCAGCCCUAGUAGCAGCAGCGGCAGCAGCUUGUUUCCAAGACCGAGCCUUUGGUUGUGUGCUCUUUCUCUAGCUGAGCUAGCAGGCUCGAACAGUCCCUGAACAUCCGCCUUCCUUUGCGACCCAGCUUGCCAGCAAGGCUCUCCUUGAACUACUCCCCAAAGUGACUGGAGUUUGGGGAUUCGGAGAAAUCAGGGGAAAUGGCUGGCCGCGCGCAAAGGAAUAAGACGAGAUCCGAGACGAACCGCUUUCUUGCCUGAAACUUGUGGGGUGGGAGUUCUGCUGGGGGGGGGGUGUCAGGUUUUGUUCUGGAUUUUGGUUUUCUGCUACUAUUCCCUUAAGCGGACCCCGAUUUUUGAGUUGGCAAACCAAUGGGCCACUUGCCUGACGUAUCCUGAAGGACUGAGCAGAUAGACUCAUCUCUAAAGGCAGAAAAGAAUCUUUUUUGGGGGGGGGGGGACAGAAAAGCUUCAUUUGGCCAUCCCUAGCCAUGCUUUGACUGGAGAAAACUUGCAGAGUCAUUGAUAAGAACAAGUCAUUGUCUUCCCGGGACGAUGUCUCUGAUCCCCAGUAACUUUUCCGUGAAUGGGACAAGUUCGGGGAUGGAGAGUCCCAUGAAGGACCCGACCCCCCAGAGAGCAAGACCUUUCAAUGUCUUCUUCCUCUGCUUGACGUUUGUGAUGACCAUCACGGCGCUGCUGGGGAGCGUUUAUUCCUUAGUGUGCCUGCUCAGAAUGCCCCACAAGACCGUGCUCUCCAUGCUGGUGGCCUCCUGGGCAGCGGACGACUUGAUCAGCGUCCUGCCCAUGAGCAUCUUCCUGUUCCUGCAGUGGCCCAAAGCCAGCCCCGGGGACUCCUUGCCUUUGUGCGCCACGUCGGCCUUCCUCUACCUGUUCCAGGGCAUCUCCAGCAACCUGAAGGCGGCGGUUAUAGUUUCCUACAACUUUUACACGCUGCGCAGAAGCGUGGCGAGCCCGGGCGCGGGCAGCCAGCGCCGCGCUCUGCUGGUAGUCCUGCUCGCCAUCUGGGGGGCCAGCCUGCUGCUCUGCACGCACCCUCUCUGGGGCUGGGGGCGCUUCGUCCACACGCCGUGGGGGUGCCUGGCCGACAGCAGCAGCUCCCUGCCGCUCUUUGUGGUCUACGCGCUGAGCUUUUGCGUCCUGGCCGGCUGCUCCGUCCCGCUCACCCACCAGCUGCUCUGCUCCGAGCAGCUGCCCGGCUUUCGGGUCAAUUACCAGGAAAUCUCUCGCGGGGGAGGCUUCACGCCGUGUACCCCUCCGUCCGGCGGCAGCGCCCUCCCCGCCACCCCCGAGGAUGCUCGGACCCCGACGCCGCAGUUCUUCAGGGGACCGGCGAGCACCGCGCGCUCCGAGGCUGCCUUUGGGCUGGCUCCGGCCGCGGGGCGAGGGCCCGGGACGGGGGCCGAGGCGGGGGCUGGAACCUGCGGGCGGCCGGGCCGGGAGCCCGGGGACGUGCGACGGGACAGCCGAAGCUUCAGCGUGAGCAUAGCCCAGAAGAGAUUCUCCUUGAUUCUGGCUCUGACCAAGGUCGUCCUUUGGCUUCCAAUGAUGAUCCACAUGGUGGCCCAGAACACCCCAGAAUUCCAAAGCCUCCCCUUCGAACUCUUCAGCUUCCUGCUGACCACCCUGGCGACCACGGUGACCCCAGUAUUUGUCUUGUCCGAGCGCUGGACCCACCUGCCCUGUGGCUGCAUCAUUAACUGCCCGAGGAGCGCAGAUGCUGCGACUUCCGAGGAGACCAAAACUAAAAGAAAAGGCUUUGAAUUCAACUUAUCAUUCCAACACAGUUAUGGCAUUUAUAAGAUAGCCCAUGAGAAUCAUUAUGAUGAAGAUGAUGAUGAAAACUCCAUAGCGUAUCAUAACUUAAUGGACUAUGAGUGUGAAACCUUAAGAGACACACAGAAAGAUACCAGCAAUUUCCUUCAUGCUAUAAAAGUAGAAUUCAGCACCGCAUCUUCUCAGGACAGCUCCACGCUGCCAGGUAUCAACAAAAGCACAAACACAGUCAGUACUGAGACAAAGCAGGACUUGGACAGAGAGAAGAGCCUUGAGCAAGGGUUGACUGACAAGACAGGAGUAUUUGUAACAGAAGAUGCCAGAAACUUUGAAAAAUCUACCUUUUUGGAAGGAUCAGAAAGAAGGCUUUCCCAUGAGGAGAGUCACAAACCAGAACUUUCUGACUGGGAGUGGUGCAGAAGCAAAUCAGAAAGGACUCCUCGUCAGCGAUCUGGUGGUGCUCUCGCUAUUCCUCUCUGUGCAUUUCAAGGGACUGUGUCUCUCCAUGCCCCCACAGGGAAGACUUUAUCUCUCUCUACCUAUGAGGUGAGUGCAGAAGGGCAAAAAAUAACCCCAGCAGCCAAGAAAAUCGAAGUCUAUCGAUCCAAGAGCGUGGGGCAUGAACCAAACCCAGAGGAUUCGCCCACCACUUUCCCAGACACCAGCGUCAAGAUCCACUUGGAAGUGUUGGAAAUCUGUGACAAUGAGGAAGCCAUGGACACCGUGUCCAUCAUCAGCAACAUCAGCCAGUCCUCAACCCAAGUCAGAUCUCCUUCUCUACGCUAUUCCCGUAAAGAAAAUCGGUUUGUUUCCUGCGAUUUGGGAGAGACCGCUUCUUACUCCCUCUUCAUCCCCACAAACAAUCCUGACAGUGACAUCAAUAUAUCCAUUCCAGACACCGUGGAGGCCCACAGGCAGAACAGUCAAAGGCAGCAUCUGGAGAGAGAUGGCUAUCAGGAAGAAAUCCAACUGUUAAAUAAAGCUUACAGGAAACGGGAGGAAGAAGGCAAUGGAAGCUAAGAGCUGUCUAGGGUCCAAAAAUCAAAUGUUCUCUCCCACCUGACUUGGAAUUCAGUGAUUUUUCUUAGAUGAUUUUGAUUUCUGUUUGAGUCAUACAUAAGCUUCGGUCAUAAUUCUUCUCUCCUGGAAACAGCUCUUCAUAGAAGAAGGGAGUUCUAUGGCUUGUCUAUGGUCUCCUAUCCCUGUGGUAAUGAAAGGAUUUUGUCUCUAGAUGAUUGCUGACCAUCUUUUCUGCUCAUAUUGCUUAUGAGAUUCCUCUUCCAAUGAGGAACAAUAGACAGAAAUCAUAUAGAGAUAAAUUAAAGACUGAUAAAGUCAGGAAAAACAAACCAUUGGAACUCUACCAAAAUAAGAUAAAAUAGUCAAUCUCAGGGAGCAGAGAGAUCAUUCUCUUUGGAGGCCAUAGGAACAUAGAUCUAGCUGUGGAGAUCCUUUACUCUAAACCCUUUGUUUUAAAAUUGAAAAAACUGAAAUAGAAAGUACUUAAACCUAGUAACUCUCCCUUCAGAUUGUUUCUAAUGGUCUUGAACUAAUAGUUUUAUGGUUGGGGCUGAGUCAUGGAAAGACCAUAGGUAGAAGGGACUUUGGAGGCCAUCAAAGCCAGUGCUCAUUUAACAGAUAAGGAAACUGAGGCAUGAGGAUAAUGAUUUCCCUAAGGCCAUAUUGUUAGUAAUGAUGUGAAGCAGAUUUGAAUACAGGCUUCCCUGAUUCCAGGGCUAGUACCAUUAUGCUAGACUGCCUCUCAAAAUAAUCUUUGUUAAAUAAAUGGCCCCUAAGAGCCCUUCCAGUUGGGAGAAUUUGUGGAUUAUCUGGAAAAUGCUUUCUGCAUAUCACCUCUUCUUAGAAUUCUUGGGUCUUUGCUUAUGUGCUGCUUUUUAUUAGAAGCUUUCCUUGAUUUCCUCCCAUGCCCCAAACCAAGUUGUUACUGCUCCCUCCUCCACCAAAUUGUCAUGUUUGUGUUCAUCUAUAUAGAUGAAAUACACUUCAUGCUACCCCCUUUUCAUCCUCAGUAUAACGUGUCUGCAAAGAACAUGUUCCCCAGUGGCAAGCUGCCUAGGAAAAGACUAUUUUGUUUUUGUCUCCAUGGCCUAGCACAGCACCUUGCCCACGGUAGACCUUUAAUAAAUGUCCAUUAUAUUUGAUUAGACUAGAUAAUUUCCUCAGAUCAUUCAGAACCUGGAGGAAUGGGUUUUGUGUUCCUGAUCUCCUCCAUAGGUCUACAAAAAAGUGGGGCCUUCUAGGAAUUACUACACUGGAAACAGAAGGGAUAUUAUAAAAGUCUGGGGAGACUUUGGAAAUCAUAUAUCACCCACUUAGUCAUCUCUUCAUACUGAGAUACAUUCUAUCCAUGUAUUCAUUAUUGCAGGAAAAUUGGAUCCCUUUGGGGUCUGGAAAGCUAAAAUAGAAGCAUGUACUUUUUCCGUCCUGGAAAAUCUAUUUUGGGCAUUUCUAGAAAAUGCAAAGCUGUUUCUGAGCCCCAUUCUCUUUCUUUUUCUCCCAAUAAUAACCAUGCUAUUGUUUCUUAUGGUAUAUUCUUUAAUACUUAAACUGGCAUUUAUAGCUGUCAAUGAUCUCUUUCUUAAGAGGCUCCAAAAAGAUUUCAAAAAGAUUCUAACUCUGUAUUUAGCAUCUGUAAGCCUUGAGUCAUUAUUUGCUAGAAGAUUUAACAGAAAGAAAUUGACAGUUCUGCUUGCCCCCACAUCUGAUUUGAAGACCACGUUCAGACAAUAGCCAUAAGGAAUGUUUUCUGAUUGUCAGUCAUGGGGAGAAGGGGAAUGAUUAUGUCAGUUUCUCAAAACCCAAAUGACUCUUUGCAGCGUAGCAGAGUUUUCAAACUGGCUCAGCACUCCCUGCUUUUUAGGGAAAAAAAUCCUGGCAGCAAUGGGUACCUUUAGAAUUUUCUUCCUGAAAAACGUGAGUCAUAUGUUGAGAAACUAUCCCAUAGUCCAUAGAGGGUAUAUUUUGGGUGGAGAAAUUAGAUACAUUAGAUCACACCCAUGCUGAGAUUUGUCGGCAUUAUAACCAUUUAAUAUUAUUUGUGUAAAUGUAUAGUAAUAAUAAACAGGGUUUCUUCAAAAUAUUUCACUAAAACCAUUAUGUAAAUAUUUGCCAAUGUUCUGUUCUAAUGUCCAAUGAUUUUGUUUUCUAAAAACCAUUGAAAUGGGACCAUUUGAUGUGGUUUGAAUACAUGCAUGUUUAUUUAUAGGUUCAAAAAGAAUUUUUCCCAGAAAACUUUAUUCUAGUUUUUAUCACUUGGAGCCAUGGCAUUAAAGUAUAAGAACACAAGCUCCAGAAGAGUUUUAUCAUUGUUUUUCACUCUUUUAAAAAGCCCUUCUAAAGUAAUGUAAAUGUCACUGUGUUAUCCAUUGCUCUCUCUCAUUUUAAUUGUCUCACUUUCUUAAAAACAUAAUGUAUUUGUAAUACCUCUGAUAAUGUUUGUAAAGAGAUCCCAAGACAAAUCAUAACAUAAAAGUUCAAAUUAAAGAACACCUUCAUUGUGAAUCUCACUGCAUUUAUUUGAAAAAUUACUGUGUUGCUCAAGGUCAUAGGAACACAACACCUGCUAAGAGAACUGGUUUGAAGCAAACCAGUGAUGCAACUUAAAAAGAGUAUGAAAUUUAAAUGAUAAGUUUGUGGUGAUUGACUUGUUUCAAUUUGUUUAAAAGAAAGAAGUCUUGACUUCUUUGAAAUACAAAAUCAGUCAGCAAGGUAAUCUAUCUGGAAUCAUGACCAAUCUGGAGAUCUUAGUUAACUAAGUAGAUGGAAGACAAAGAAAUCCAUUUCAAAAGUCUCUAUUUUUUUUUAACAGAUAAGGGAAGUUGAGUCCAAACAAAAGGUAAUGUAUGUUUUCCUCUAUGAGCCCAGUAUUCAGUCAACAUCUAGUUAUAUGAUUGAGUUCUUUGCACUGUACAUUUAAUGUUUAAUUUGGUUUUAUAUUUUAUCUAGAAUUUUAUCAAUCUCUAUUUAGAUCCACAAAAUAAUACUUUUCUUCUUCUAUGGUAAUUCAAAAUAAUUAAUUUAAAAUUUCU